AUGAAAAAACAUCAGACUUAUGCUACUAAGAGUUCCACAACCAAGCUGAGGCUCAAGUGCAUUCAUUGGAGGACUCAAGAAUGUCCAAUGUUCAUUUAUGGCAUGGUCAAGAAAGGUGAAGGUAAAACUUUUACACUUAGAGGCUUUAUUGUCGCUCACACCUGCAAUGGUGACAAAGAUGACUUGAACAAGCUUGCAACACCAAAGUAUGUAGCUGACUGGUGCUAUGAGAAGAUGAAGACUGAGCUUGGAAUUAAUGAACCAGUACCAUGUCCAGAUGACUUAGCAACACAGUUCAAUAAAGCCAGGAAAGUUAAUAUAAGGUAUCAUACUGCAUGGAGAGCAAGGGUGAAGGUGUUGGAGAAACUAUAUAGAAGUUAUGAGAAGAUCUACUCACUGGUGCCUGCAUUCUGUGAAAUGGUCAAGUAUGGAACAAUCCCUAAAAAUAUUCAUGUCAUUCUGCUUGUAGAUGACAAAUCCAGGCAAAAGAUCAUUGGCCUUGAUGGAUGUCAUUUGAAUUGGAAGUUUGGUGGUGUGAUGUUACAUGCAACUGGACUGGAUGCUCAAAAUGGAUUAGUUCCAUUAGGUAUGAUGGUAUGCAGGAAUGAGACAAUAGAGAAUUGGAAGAUAUUCUUGGAGGAUUUGAAGAAGUUGUUGGGUGAUGAUCAUGAGUUUACCUUCAUCUCUGGCAAGCAGAAGGGGAUUUUAGAAGCUGUUGAUUAUCACUUUCCCUUGUUUGAGCACAGACAAUGUGUCAGGCACUUGAUGGCCAACUUUAAGAAGUACUACAAGGGGUACAGUAUUCAGAUUCAACUUUGGAAUGCUGCCAAGUGUUAUAAGAUCAAACACUUUAAUCAACAUAUGGAUUCUAUGGCAGCUGAGAGUAUAGAGGCUGCAAGAUUUCUCAUGGAUGAAAGGCCUGAAACCUGGUCUAGGGCUCAUUUUCCAACUACUAGAAAAUGUGAGCACAUCAACAACAACUUCUCAGAAUCCUUCAACAAUAUGGCCAAGAAGAUUAGAGACAAGCCAAUCUGCAAACUAGGUUUGAUGUGUGGACAACUGGUGAUGGGACUUCUCAACAAGAGGAGUAAUGAAGCUGCAAAAUGA